AUGCGGCCGUCCGGACACGUGCAGCUGCUGUCCAGGGCCCCGGUGCCGGGACGGGCCGAGGGGCGUGGGUGUCGCCUGGGCGGAGACACCCGCUGCCGCCGGCGCCCCCUGCUGCUUUCGGGCAGUCCGCGGGGCUUCGUCACAGGAAAGGCGCCGGCCUCGAAGAGGAGCAGCCCGAGCAGCGGCGGGGCCGAGGCCGAGCCCCGUCCAAGGCUGGACCUGGACCUCGAGCCCGAGUGGCUGGACAGCGUGCAGCGGAGCGGGGAGCUGUUUUACUUGGAACUGAGCGAGGACGAAGAAGAGAGCCUGCCCGAGCCGCCGGCCGGGAGCCGCGUGAGGUUCAGCGAGCAGGAGGUCGUCAUUGGGGAGGACGAGCCCAGGGGGCGCGCGUGUGAGCCCCCACUCCGGCGCUUCACCAGAAUUCUGAAGAGCAGAAGGCUUUUGCCCGAGCACCCCAGGAAGAGAGGCAGCCACGGCCCAGGCCCCGUGUCCAUCCUCAAGCACCAGCCCCACCCGCGGGCGGGGGUCGUGGUCCAGCAGCCGCUCAAGGACGUCAGUGUGUACGUGAACCCCAGGAAGCUGGCUGUGGCCACGGCCAAGCAGCCGCCCCGGCUGGAGGCCCUGCUGGGCAUCGUCCAGCCGGCCGCGGGGUCGGUGGGCAGCCGCCGCACAGCCACGCUGCUAACUGGCACUGUCCGCUCACAGAGGAAGGCGCUGCCGGCUGGGGAGCCUCCCGCCUCUGCAGACUCAGCUUCUCUCACCCCCGUGAAGGAGCACGGGGUGCUGUUUGAGUGCUCCCCGGAGCCAUGGGCUGACCAGCACAAAGCCCCGCCGGUGCUGGCCUACUGGGUGGUGGGGAGGCUGUUCCUGCGCCCCCAGGUGCAGGAGCUCUACGUCUGUUUCCACGACUCGGUCACCGAGGUCGCCAUCGAGAUGGCCUUCAAGCUGUUCUUCGGGCUCACCCUGUAGCCACGCGUCCCGGGCCACGGCGCCCGGCCGCCGGCUCCGGACGGACACCUGGCCGCGAGGGAGGCCGCGCUGGCCAGCGCUCACGUCUGCCGGGUCUGAGAUGACUCGAAGCGCGUGGCAGCCAGUCAGGGCGCCCCCCCCCCCGAGGAGGGGCCCGAGCCGCUGUGCGUCUCAGGCAGACACCGGACCGCGUGGCCCCUCCGCGGUCAGCGGCGCUUUGCCAUGCCCACGCUGGCUCCCAGGAGUCGGACGCGCGCCCGCGGAGAGACGAAGUAAAACCUGAACUUGUCUGA